AUGGCCGGUUCGAUGGCUACCGGGCUCCGCAAGGCCGGCGUUGACGUUCGGCGAGCACGCUUCUCUCCGCUUCUAACGGAGGAGGAACGCCUGACGUACUUUAACGAGAACGAGCAGCCUCAGCUGACAGGGCUCGCCCUCGCCUAUCCGACAUGGUGGUUUAACCUGCCAGCACGCAUGAAGGGGUUCUUCGACCGAUGCUUUGUGCCGGGCGUGGGGUUCAAGUACGACAAGGAGCUGGGAAGGAGGACUACCGGACUGCAAAACAUCUCGCGCCUCGGGGUGGCGACGACGUAUGGCUUCGACGAGCCCACUGUCAGCAAGGCGGGUGAUGCGGGGCGGCUGAUGCUCGAGGGUGGCAUGACGAUGCUGAUGCACCCACAGGUGGUGACGCAAUGGGACCCACUCUACUCUAUGCAGGCCGAGGGUGGGGACGAGGCACGGGCUAAAUUCCUUGUGGACCUCGAGGCCGCGUACGCAAAGUGGUAG